UUGAAAAAAUGUAUCCAGAUCCAAUAGAAUGUUUCAAGCAAGUUGACAGAAUUCAUCAGUUGUGUAAUGAGUUGGUUAAUGAAUAUAAUCAAAAAAUGAGUUCUGAUGUGUCACAUGUUGGUACAAAAGAAGUUGAUGAAAGUAGAAAUACAAGCAUAUUUGGGGGUGAUGAUUAUAUAGUGUAUCUUAAAAGAAGAAAAAUGACAAGGGGUUCAUGUGUAAAUGUUGAGUUUGAUCAUUAUCUUGAGGAGGAAAUUCAUCCUCCAAAUGAUCCUAACUUUAAUGUUUUGAAAUGGUGGAAGAACAAUCAAAUGAAAUUUAAAAUUUUGGCAAAAAUAGCCAAGGAUAUAUAUGUCAUUCCAGCAUCCACUGUUGCUUCUGAAUAUGCUUUUAGUACAAGUGGUCGUGUAAUCUCUCCUCAUCGCAGAAAGCUCAAAGAAAGCAUAAUUGAAGCUUUGAUGUGUGGCCAAAGUUGGUUGUGGGCAGCUUUAGGGAAUAAAGGUUUGAAUCUUGAUCUUCAAACCUUUAAUGAUGAUGAAGAUGUGGAAAGUGAUCAAGAAUAAGGAUUGAAGACUUUUUUAUAUUUUAAUGAUGUAAUUUCUUUAUGUUUGUAUUUUAAUUUAGUUAUUUGACAUUGUAUGAACUCUUUUUUAAUUUUAAGUUA